CUAUAUUAGCUUGGAUUAUUAUUCUAGGUUUUAUGGCAGUAAUAGGCACCAUCGCAAAUAUUAUGGUCUUUAUCAUAUUUGGAAGUAAAACGUAUAAACGUUAUAAUUACAGAGUAUUUGUUUUAUGGCUGGCCGCUGUAGACUUUACUUCCUGCUUGUUCGUCAUUCCAACGGAAAUGGUAAAGCUGUGGAUAGAGUUUGAUUUCAGGAGUGAAGCGUUCUGUAAAAUAAAGUGUUUCCUCCAUAACUGGUUAGCUUCUGCAGUCGCCAUUUUCCUUCUCGUGAUCGCCUUGGAGAGGUUUCGGAAAAUUUGUCAACCCUUGAAAAGUCAAAUGACGACAAGUUUGGCGCAUCAACUAUGUUUUGCUAUAGGUGUCUUGUCAGCCUUGAUAGCGACGCCUGGGCCAAUUCUGUGUGGCAUAAAUGAAACGCAUCGUCAAUUUGAAAACACUACUGUUUUUGUGUACAAUUGUACCUUCAAGAAGUCUUACGAAGGCCAUCCAUUAAAACUCAUUUUCAAGUUAAUAACGGCUCUAGUUCUUGGCGGAGGAGCAAUAAUUUGUAUUGUUUUAUAUGUUUUCAUAGGAAAAGAUAUAUACAAACACCAGAGGCGUGCAAUACAUAGACGGAAAAACACUCAUAACUAUGAAAAUGUAAAACUGGAGAUGAGAACUAAUGAGAUUGUAGCAACAAUUCCAAUAGAGUUACACUCGAUAAAAGAAGAUGAACAUCACGAUGAAAUAAGCGUUUCGAGUCCAGUGAAUAUGGAAACUAAAAGCGAAGGGCAACCAGCAACAAAAACUGAAGAAAACACAGGAAGAAUAGAUGCCAAAUGCACUGGUCCCUGUGUCACUGAUUGUCAUGAUCCUAUUACAGACACUGAUAAACGUACUGUCAAUGUUUCAGGAAGAAGAAACACAAUGUCUGGGACAUUGCGAAAAGCUCUUGUGUCACAAAGAGACAGGAUAAAGAGAAGAUUCCAAAACCGGUCACCAACAAGUUUCUCUUACAAGACAUUAAUAUGGUUUAUACUGACUCUCAUUCACGUGUCCACAAAUGCUCUUAGCUUGGUGGUUGAGAGUAUAUUCCCUGAUUUCAGCGUGUUAGACAUUCAAACAUACUCUUGGGUUAAUGUUGUUAACAACUUUUACCUUAUUAACAACAUCAUAAAUCCAUUCGUGUAUACUGCACUAGACAAACGUUUUCGCCAUGGACUUGUUGCUUUCUACAGAAACCGAAUUUGCCGAACACCGAUUGAUAAUGAAAGCACACUUGAAAGUUAAGACUUCUCUGGAAAGUCCAAGUCUUCCUGUUUCAAGUUAAAAGUUCGAAUUUUCUCUGCUGCAUCGUAUUGUAACCAUACUUACUUAUUGUUUUUAUUGUUUAGUCAAUGUUUUCGUCAUAGCUUUUCUUGAAUAACAAGUGAUUUUAAUUUUCAGAGUUGAACUGCACGGCAUUCACCGGUCAAACUCGACCACCAUUUGCAUUUUGUAGGUCAAGGUGUAGAAAAUCAUGAAAGUAUUUAUGUUGACCUUUUUCUGAUCGAAAUUGGAAUAUGACGCUGUAUUUAUAUUUAAUAUAUGUUCUAUGACACCUUUCACAGCUUGAAGUAACAUUUCAGUACAAUGAUUGAGACAUCUGCCCGGCGUCAAUAGCAUCUUAAAAACAAAUGUUUAAUUUGUUGUGUACAAUUAUUAUUGUUUGAAAUGAGUGACAAUAUCACUGUCAAGAAUAAAGAAACUUUACUUGACAGUGAAACCGUUUAAACAGUAUAAGGGGUACCUUAACUCAAGAACUGUUUAUGAAAUUAUUUUAAAAAAGCAACAACAUAUGUUGUUUUGCUGUUAAAAAACAGCAACAGCAAAAUAAAGUAUUUGAAAACAAAACUAUUAACCAAUUUGUAUUUCACAUCAUUUGUUUUGUAUAUAAUCUUGAUAUGUAUUUUGGGCCUUUGGUCAUAUGUUACAAAUGAACUCUUUUGUUUGAUAUAAUGGGCCUAUCACAGUAGUUUCAAGUGUAUAACUAUAAAUACAGUAGAAACUAAAGUCUUCCGGCCGCUAAUGGCAAUACAUCUAUCUCAUAUUGUGAUCUUAACAUUAUAAUAGCAUAUUAAUUGAAAACUCUUUCGGUAGUCUAACGUUAACUUUUGAAAUUGAUAUCGAUGGUUUCCCACGUACUGUUUCAGUUCGGAAAUAAAUACAUAAAAUGAAAUCAAAGCAAACAUUGAUCAAUUUAACACCAAAUACUUUUGUUGUCCUCUUAGGACCCCUUCAUAGGUUUAUGCCAUAUAGAUGUAGAUAUAUGGUAAACUCAGGCACGAUUGUGAAGGAUAACACGUUUAUAUCUUUCUUCAUAAUACGU